AUGGACUCACUCGAGUAUCACGUGCUGUGCACCAAGCCCGCCGGGUCAUGGCUCCUGCAUGCUGACUCCACCCAGGUUUCAUGCUGCCUGGGUGUCUGCCCGUCUGUCCACAGCCCUGUCCCCUGCCUGGUGUCAUUUGUCCCCUGCUCAGCCGACGAUGGGGGCUUUGAAAGCGGAGCCUACAACAACAGCGCCAUCUCCACUCCUCACCUGGACGCCCUGGCCCGGCGCAGCCUCCUCUUCCGCAACGCCUUCACCUCGGUCAGCAGCUGCUCUCCCAGCCGCGCCAGCCUGCUCACCGGCCUGCCGCAGCAUCAGAACGGCAUGUACGGGUUGCACCAGGGCGUGCACCACUUCAGCUCCUUCGACAAGGUGCGGAGCCUGCCGCUGCUGCUCAGCCAGGCCGGCGUGCGCACGGGCAUCAUCGGGAAGAAGCACGUGGGGCCGGAGACCGUGUACCCGUUCGACUUCGCGUACACAGAGGAGAACAGCUCUGUGCUCCAGGUGGGGCGGAAUAUCACAAGGAUUAAGCUGCUAGUGCGGAGAUUCCUGCAGACCCAGGAUGACCGGCCCUUCUUCCUCUACGUGGCCUUCCACGACCCCCACCGCUGUGGGCACUCCCAGCCCCAGUACGGAGCCUUCUGUGAGAAGUUCGGGAAUGGGGAGCGCGGCAUGGGGCGCAUCCCGGACUGGACACCCCAGACCUACAACCCUCAGGACGUGCUGGUGCCGUACUUUAUCCCCGACACACCAGCAGCCCGAGCCGACCUGGCUGCCCAGUAUACGACCAUCGGCAGGAUGGACCAAGGGAUCGGACUUGUGCUCCAGGAGCUGGGCAGCGCUGGAGUCCUAAACGACACACUGGUCAUGUUCACGUCAGACAACGGGAUCCCCUUCCCCAGCGGGAGGACCAACCUGUACCGCCCCGGGACUGCUGAGCCCCUGCUGGUGUCAUCUCCGGAGCACCCGCACCGCUGGGGCCAGGUCAGCGAGGCCUACGUGAGCCUCCUAGACCUCACCCCUACCAUCCUGGAUUGGUUCUCCAUCCCCUACCCCAGCUACGCCAUCUUUGGCUCCAGGACCGUCCAGCUCACGGGCCGGUCCCUGCUGCCGGCGCUGCAAGAGGAGCCCGCUUGGGCCACGGUCUUCGGCAGCCAGAGCCACCACGAGGUGACCAUGUCCUACCCCAUGCGCUCGGUGCUGCACGGGCACUUCCGCCUGGUGCACAACCUGCACUUCAAGAUGCCCUUCCCCAUCGACCAGGACUUCUACGUCUCGCCCACCUUCCAGGACCUCCUGAACCGAACCGUGGCCAGCCGGCCCACGGGCUGGUACAAGGACCUCCACCAGUACUACUACCGCGCCCGCUGGGAGCUCUACGACAGCAGCCAGGACCCCCACGAGACGCAGAACCUGGCCGCAGACCCGCGCCUGGCGCCGGUGCUGCAGGCGCUGAGAGCCCGGCUGGCCAAGUGGCAGUGGGAGACGCACGACCCCUGGGUGUGCGCGCCCGACGGCGUGCUGGAGGACAGGCUCGCCCCGCGGUGCCAGCCUCUCCACAACGAGCUGUGACCUGCCACCGGGCGCCUGCUCCCGCCCUGCCCUCCUCCCGGGGUCACGGCUGCCUCCCCCCGGCGCUGCCUCGCUGCCUCCCUGGCCGAGGACUGGCUGUGCUGGCAUCCGAGCUGUGUCCUGGCAGGGGGGUUCUGGGGACUAUGGAGACAGGGUGGGGACCCGGGUUCCCUCCAGCCUGUGUGUCCCCAGCCCACAAGGAGCCUGGGACGUCCCGCAGCCCCCACGGGCAGUGGCCGCUUUUACCAACCUUGGUCCCUAGGAAAAGGCUCUGCCCGGCCACAGCUUGCUCCUGCUGCCGCCUUGCCCCACCCCCAAUCCCAGGCCAUGCCUGCCCACGUAGCGUUUUCCUGGAUUCUUGGUGGUCUUUCUGAGGGUGAGGCCGAGUUCCACCCUUCUUCAUGUGACACCAGCACCUCGUUCACAUCGGCCCUGUCCCCUCCCACCACCGGGCCCCCCCCCUCUGCUCUGUAGUGGGGGACGGGGAGGCGGCAGGCCAUGGGCCACCAUGGGACAAAAGCUUUUUAUUUUAGUAAAAUACAUAGGAAUUC